GCUACGGCAAGCGGGGCAAAAAGGAAGGCUGUCUGAGGAAAGAUCACUACAGCAGGCCGGUUCCCGCAUGCUGGGUUUGGUCACGCUCACGCUCCCGGCUCUGCAGGACUGGGGGUUCCGUGGAAUGGGACAGCGCUGGGCGUUGUCGUUGCUGUGCUUGCAGUCCAUCCGUGUCCUUCUCGACCAGCCACUCCCGGUUCCGCAGCCGCAGUCCGGCGGAGCUGCGUCGGAGUAUAUUUCCGUGGCUCGGGCGCUGAAAGCCGACGCCUCGCUCGCCGUGGCGCAAGACUUGUCGCUAGGGACGGCGGUGGCCGCGUGUAUGAGCCUUCUGGUGGCGGCAGCGGUGGCAGCGGCCGGGGUAAAUGGCGAGAGCGGCAGCGAGCAAGACGAGCUGGCAGCAGCAGGCUUCCCGAAGUCGCUUCUACCCGUGGACUAUUCGAAGGCGUUUUCGGCGUUGCAGGAUGACGGGGACAGCCCCCUCGACAUGGUCACUGCCCUCGCACAGGAAUCGCUGGUGAUCCUCGAGCGCGUCCUGACGGAAAAUACUUACCAUUCAGAGGCCGUCGGCGGCAGCACCCCCAGCGACGGCGCCCCUUCUUUCGUCAUGGCGGCGCCGGGGUCGUCAGGCUCGGCCGCGUCGGCGGUGGUGUCCGGGGCGGCGGGACUGUUGUUGCGGUCGGCGGAAGCGGGAGGGUUCGUCACAGGGUGGCCUUUUGUGUCGGGCACUCCGGGAAGCGAGGUCCCCUCGUUCGCCGUGGUAGCCGCGGCGCUGUCGUCCUUCCCCCCCCGCCGCCUCGCCUCCGACCCCUCAUCCCUGGACCCCUGUGCCGAGCGACUCCCCGCCCUCGCCAACUCAACGCUCGCAUCCCUCGUGCGGAGCGGCUUCCCCUUCAACGGCGACGCCGCCUCUGUGCCGAUGGCUUCGGCGGCGGUGCCGCCGCCGCCGCCGAUCUGGGCGGGGGUACCUACGGCCGCCGGGCCUAACGACGGGGGCGGAGGCGGGUUUGUUCGGCCCCUCGCGGAUUCCCUCAGCCCCGACGAUGCCUACCAUCUGCGGCAGGCGCUGGUCGCCGCCAUGUCUUCACAGGACCCCGACAAGCCGGUGGGAGGCGGCGGUGUCGCAAUCGAGGAGAAGAGGGCGGCGGCCCUCGGUCUCCUCUUGUCCGCGGUCAGGGAACAGCCGGCGUUGGUUGUGGUUCUGUUCUGGGCACAGCCGUCGCCACCGCGGAAAGCAGGGGCGACGCCGAAUGUUUCGUCGACGCCCUCCCCCCCUGCCGGUGACGGCGAGACGCCGGCCGUUGUGGGAAGCGCGGCGCUGUCGGGGGCGGUGUUGUCGGUGCUCAAGGCGCUUUCGGUCGAGCUGGCGGACGGGCAGCGCGGGCUUGCCGGCGGCAGCGAGCCCUUGGUGAUGGCACUGGAGCUGGUGUUGGGGCUGUGGCACGCGGAGGGCGUGGGUCGUCUGGGACAGUGCGGUUGA